GCCAAGCUGUUUGUUCAACCACUAGAAUGCAACAUUCAAUGCAAUAGGGAACUGAUCCAUGUGUACGGCGGGCGAACAGCCGUAAAACGCCUCGGGUGACUACCCCCUCUCUAACAUCAUCCCGACUUCGUUCCUCGUUCCAUCAUUCUUCUUCGUUCCAUUAAGACGUACAGUCAGCAUCAUCCAACCGUCUCGCUCAGAUCCCUUUGGCAACGAUGUCUUGGUUUACUCUAACACCUCGAUCUGUGGCACAAUCAUUCGCGAUACUUACUAAUGGUGAUGAUAAUAGUUCAUCAUCAUCAUCAUCCAGUUAUUUCCGACCAGAAUGUGAAUAUAAAUGGCCAACCAUGCCCAUUAUUGUCAUUCUAUGCUUUAUCUACAUUGUCAUCUGUCUAAUAGGUUUCAUCGGUAAUUUUCUGGUAGUGUUCACCAUAUUCUACAAGAAAGGUCAACAGAGUGUGACCUCGAUGCUUCUUUGUAGUUUAGCCGUGUCGGAUAUCAUAGUGGUCAGUAUCUACCUACCAAUGAAACUUGUGGACCUCUUGACGACAAAAUGGGUUCUUGGAGAAGUGGCGUGUAAAAUCAUCGGAUAUUUAAAUUUAAUCUCUCCUGCCUGUUCAGCAUGCAUGCUGAUGGUGAUUGGUCUAGAACGGUUCAUCGUGAUUUUGUAUCCUUUAAGGGCGAGGUCAUUCAUCACUCGGACCAGGGCUAAAAUCAUUGUGGUCAUCACGUGGGUUGUCAGCCUCAUCUUGGGUAUUCCUGGUCUGGUAUUGCAAAUACACGAAAACAUAGGAGAUCCAGGGUUUGCGGAUCACUUCAUUUGCAGAAAAGACUAUUCAGAUUCAGCGAUCAAAAAAGGGUAUAACCUUUACGGGCUAACGAUUCUUUACAUCAUCCCCCUGACUAUCAUGGGCGUUGCGUACGUCACUGUCAGCUUAAGACUUAACGCAAGUGCCAAGACUUCCAGGGGUUUACAGAGUAUGAAGACACCCCGUUCCUCCACAUCACAACAGUACAUCUACAACAAACCUACGACAGACUCCAGUGCAAAUCGUUCUAAUGGCUUCAGAGCUAUGACGCCUAAUACGGUACAAACCUCAGUAGAUGAUGAUCCAUUCUCGGCAGCUUCGGAAUCUAGAUACGAUGGGGGUAGGGAGAGCGUGUCUACGGCAGGUGCACCACCUGCUCGUCAAAGAAGACGGCAAAGAAGACCAGUCACAUUGAAAGAUAGACAGCAGGUCAUUUUAAUGUUGAUUCUCGUCGUGGCCCUCUACGCCAUAACAUGGGGACCUCUACUCGUCAUAGCCGUUCUCUUUGCGUUUGACGUCUUCAAUGAUUUAUGUAGACACGCACUGGGUCAGAUGUCAUCUGCUGCUCAUAUCUGGGCCUUCUUGAACAGUACAGUCAAUCCGAUAGUGUACAGUUUCAUGUCAAGAAACUUCCGGGAGACGGUGCGUGAGGCAUUACGGUCCUGCUGCCGUUGUUUUAUUAAAAAUGACGGCCAAACACGCAGAGGACGAGAGUCUAUGUAUUAUAAUUCACGGUGUAGCACGACAGUAGUUACACAAGCAAGUUCGGUCAAACGGAAUCGGUCCACGAGUGACGGUAACUGCUCACCAUGUAAAGGACAAAACAUCGAGAUGAGUCAGUACACCAGACUACCUAACACUGAGCCUAUAGCUUGAGGGGUCUGAGCUCAAGAAUGGAACAGAGUGUACAUAUUACUUGAUAAUAGCCUAUAAAUAUGAAUAAGAUGUGUUGCAAGAAGAUGUAGUUAUCUUGCGGGACUGAUGCAUUACGUAUUAUACUUGACUGUAUCUUAAAUGAUUGUUCGUCUGGUACCCAAACAUCCUAUAUGACGACCUGAUUUUUCGUCUGGUGCCAAAACAUCUAAAAUGACAGUCUGAUUGCUCGUCUGGUACCUAAACGUCUGAAAGUUGCAAUUGAAGUAUACGCCAACAAUCUAGUUCAAAGUUAAAUCUUUGUGUCGCUAAGUUCGA